AUGGCCGACACCCUCCUCUCCGCCGCGGCGAAAAAUGCCUCGCACCUCCUCUCCGACCCGGCCAAUAUGCCCUGGAACCCCUACUACCCUCCCGGCAGCCAAAUCCUCAACUACGCCGCCAACUCCUGGUCCGUUCCUGCCUUGCUCGGCAUCUUCUUCACCACCUGCGCCAUCCUCUUCACCUCCACCUACUUCGUCGCCAAACGCGUCGACAAAACCCUCACCUCGGCCGAACUGAGCCAGAUCAUGUGGUUCGUGCUUUCCGGCUGCAUCCACGUCUUCUUCGAGGGCUACUACGCGGCGAAUUUCAUGAAUCUCGGGGAGAAGCAGACGUUGAUCGGGCAGAUGUGGAAGGAGUAUGCCUUUUCCGACUCGCGCUACCUCACCCAAAACGCCUUUGUCUUGUGCAUGGAGACUGUCACCUCCGUCUUCUGGGGCCCCGGGUGCCUGAUUAUCGCGGCCAUGAUUAUGCUCAGGCAUCCGCUUAGACAUCCCAUCCAGAUUAUCGUCAGCAUGGGCCAGUUUUACGGGGACGUGCUAUACUACACCACGAGCGCCUUUGACCAUUACGUCCUCGGGGUGACGUACUCGCGGCCCGAGACCUUUUACUUCUGGUUUUACUUCGUGCUGAUGAAUGCUUUCUGGAUUGUUAUUCCGGGGUAUCUGAUCUACGACAGCACCAUCCAAUCCGCCAGAGCGAUUAGCCGGCUGCAAAAGGUCGAGGGGACCAAGAAGGUGACAUAA